UUUGUUGUGAAUCUUCCACACAGGACUCCGAGCUCAGUCUGACUUUACUCGGUUAUACAGAGUAAAAGCCCACAGACGCUCAGGACACUACAGUGUGUGACAGUAAUGAGGGCUUACAGGAGGAUCAAACCUCCACAGAGUCUCUGGAUUCUGUCUGUAACGCUGGAAAACAGCAGCAGAUCCUGCAGACCAAACUCAAGAUGUGUUCAGUCAAACUCAUCGAUUGCAGGAACCUCAUGGUGGAGAUGAGAGGAGAAACCACAGAUGAGGAACAUAACACUGAUGAAGACAAUCAUGAUGAUGAGGAUUUUAUUCCUUCAGAUGAGAAAAGUGAUUUAUGUUGUGAUGAAGAAACCCCAUCAACAUCAAAAGAGCGACCGACAGCUCAAACUCUUUCCUGCAUCACCUGUGAAAAGACAUUCAGCUCACAGAGAAAUUUAGAGACACAUAAGAGAAAACACACAGAACAGAAUCUCUUCACUUCCACCAGAUCUAAAAUCAGCGUAACUACCUUACAAGAGAAGAAACUUCAUUCAGAAGAGCACAGAGAGAAGAAGAAGAAGCAGUUUCACUGUGAGCAGUGUGCGAAGGUUUGUGACUCUUCUUCUAGUCUGAACAUUCACAUGAGGACACACACUGGAGAAAAACCUCACCACUGUAGUGUUUGUGGGAAGAGUUUCCGUCGACAUCAACAUUAAGUGUCACACCAGAGAACUCAUACAGGUGAAAAACCUUAUAACUGCACUGAAUGUGGAAAUUACUUCAGGACCAAACAAAGUCUUAAUGUUCAUCAGAGAAUUCACACUGGAGAGAAACCAUACGAGUGUCCUCACUGUGAGAAGAGAUUCAGCCGGACACAUCAUCUGAAGGCACAUGUGCUUUUACACACCAAUGAGAAACCGUAUCAUUGCGGUCAAUGUGGAAAAACCUUUAGGCGAUCAAGUUCACUAAAAUCACACCAGAUUAUUCACUCUGGAGUGAAACUUCAUCAAUGUUCACACUGUGAUAAACGUUUUGGUCAUAAAUCUCACCUGAAAGUCCAUGAGAGAGUUCACACUGGAGCAAAACCUCAUUACUGUAGUGUGUGUAGGAGAAGUUUCAGUCAACAUGGAGAUUUAGUAAGACACCAGAGUACUCAUAUAGGUGAAAACCUUUACAAAUGCUCUCAGUGUGAAAAGACAUUUGCUCGAUCAGAUUCCUUAAAAUACCAUCAGAGAGUUCACACUGGAGAGAAACCUCAUCACUGUGUUUGUGGGAGAAGUUUCAGUCAACAUGGAGAUUUAGUGAGACACAUGAGAAUUCAUACAGGUGAAAAACCUUACACAUGCUCUCAGUGUGAAAAGACAUUUGCUCGAUUAGAUUCCUUAAAAAUCCAUCAGAGAGUUCACACUGGAGAGAAACCUUAGCACUGCUUGAUCUUUAGAGAUUCUGAAGUUCUGUUCUGUCUGCCAUGUUUCGUAGUCUUUUGUAGGUUUUUUUUCUUUCUCUUUGGUUACCUGUUUAAUUUCUCCCCAGGUGUGUCUUGUUAUCUUGUUUAACUCCGUGUAUAUAUAGCCCUAGUGUUUCAGUUGUCCUUGGUCCGUCUUUUUUGGUUUCUGUGUCCUGUUCUGUUUCUAGAUUACCUUGUUUUAUGGUUUUGUUUAAUAAAAGCUGCACUGAGA